AUGUCGUCAUCAGCGACUAGCUCAGCGGCAGUCCAACCUAUCACUCCACCCCUUGACCCAGCCCUGGUCGCAGACUUCCAGAACCACCUGGCCAAGUCUCGAAAUAUCGUCGCCAUCAUCGGCGCCGGCCUUUCGGCCUCCUCGGGACUCGCCACGUUCCGCGGCCCUGGAGGACUCUGGCAAAACCAGGAUGUGUUCGUACUAGCCUCUCCGGCAGGCUUCGUCAACGAUCCAGGCCUGGUUUGGCAGUUCUAUUCGUACAGGCGUGAGGAGGCCCUCAAAGCCCAGCCAAACAAGGCUCACAGAGCUCUCGCCGAGCUGGCCAGGAAAGUGCCGGGCUUCACGAUGCUGACCCAGAACGUGGACAACCUGUCCCCCCGCGCUGGUCAUCCCGCCGACCAACUGCUAGAGUUGCAUGGGAAUCUGUUUGACCUCAAAUGCUGGAACGAGUCCGGCUGUGGCUAUACAGAAAAGGGCAAUACGACGGUGCCGCUGACGCCGGCACUCGACACGGCGCUGAUCAGGGGUCCAAAGGACGGAGUCCUGGAUGAUUCCACUCGACCGCGCGCUAAUCCGAUCAUGCUGGCUGGCCUGGAGCGCAAAAACCGCGAAAUCUUAGGCGACAACUACGUUGCCAGCGAGCCGACUGUUAACGAUGUGGCCCCACUCGGCACCACCCAGGGAAAGGGCGUGCCGCUUGGCGAUACUCUGCAGUCAAAAAUCGACAGAAAAGACCUGCCACAAUGUCCCAAGUGCAAGAGUGAGCUGCUGCGGCCCGGCAUUGUCUGGUUUGGCGAGUCGCUGCCCGAAGACACCGUCGACAAGGCGGAUGCUUUGUUCCAAGACGAGGCGGACCCGAUUGAUCUUUGUCUUGUCAUUGGCACAUCAGCAAAGGUUUGGCCCGCUGCUGGCUAUGUGGACGAAGCCAGGGACAAGGGGGCGAGAGUCGCCGUGGUGAACCUGUACGAGGACGAUGGAAGCAAAAAUGUCAUCCCUGGGAGGGACUGGUCCUUCAUCGGCGAUGCGGCCGAGGUGAUCCCGCUGAUCUUGAAGCCUGUGAUUGGUGAGGUCUAA